AUGAGUGCUCCUCCACCAGGCGUGAGCCCUGCUUCGCGACAGCCUUCGACAACUCCCAACAACGGUCAAGGCGCCAUCCGUCGCAGAAAGCCCACUGGCCCAUUUGCGCCCAAGCCCUCGCGCAACCAAGCGAAGCGUCCUCCGGCUCCUCCACCGCAAAAGCUCACUGGUGCCACCAAGCCUCUCGCUGCCGUCGCCGCUCAGUCACAACCUGAGCCUGAAGAUGACCCCUCUACAUACAACGAGAUUCCGCUCAUGGCGACAAAGAAGGCUCUCCUUGAAGGCCUCCGUUUUCAUGCCAUCAAGUUCAUCUCCAACAACGUCGUUAAUCCUUACGACAAGGACCAGUUUGAGCGCCCUGUAAAACUCCACCGUCGUUUCCCUCAGGAUACUCCAAAUACACCUGUCGAUGCCAACCCGGAGGAUGACAAGGAACGUGAANAAGAGGCUAUUCGUAAGGCAGAGAAGGCUGCAGAAAGAGAAGCUACUCAGGCUCAAAUCGCUCCGACCGACAAGGCAGCAGCAGCANAAAAGCGCCAGCCCUUCAAGAAGAAGACCGAGGAUGUCUAUUAUCCCACAGAUACACCCGAAGCUCAGAAGCGCGCCAGGUUACGCUACGAAGAAGGCCGCCCUUGGCAUCUAGAAGACUUCGAGAACAAGAACAUCUGGAUCGGUACAUACGAGGAGCCUCUCUCCGAAUCAAAUGUCAUGUUUGUCUUCGACAACGGCCGCUUCAGAAUGGUUCCCAUCGAAAAGUGGUACCGCUUCAAUCCUACAGGCCGCGUCCCGCUGCUUUCGCAGGCCGAGGCAGACGUUGUCAUGGAAAAGCGUGAAAAGGGUCCUAGAUGGUUCUUGGAAAAUGAGGCCAGCCGCGAGAAAAAGCGUGCCGAGCUUGCAAGACAACAACGCCUGACCAGAGGUAGAGUGGGUACCCGGGAUGAAAACCGUGUCAAAGACGAAGACGAUGAUGGUAACGACAACGUGGACGUUGCCGAUGACGUGGACGAGUUGGACUUUGAGGCCGAAGAUGAAUUUCAGGACGACGACGAGGGCAAACUGUUCGGAGAUGACGAGGAAGAGGCUAAAGAAGCUGCAUCAAAAAUCAAANAGGAACGACACGAAGCCAACAUCUUCGCUGGUACUGGUGUCAAAGACGAGAAAGAUUGGUACGAAGAAGAGCAACUGGAGAAGCAGAGAGAGCGUGACGAGAAGAAGAAAGCAAAGAAACUGCGCAAGAAGCUGGUUAAGAUCGAGAAGAACUACGAGUACGACGAUGACGAGAGUGACNAAUCCAUACUCGGAAGAGACGACUCGGACAUCGAGCGUCAACGCGAAGAGGACGAACGAAAGAAGGAGGAAGAGCUCAAGGCAAACGGAGACAAACAGGCAUCCCAGAUGUCGACCAACGCCAACACUCCAUCAGGUCGUGCUGAANAGCAUGGUGGCCUACAGCCAAAACAAUCCAUGUCGAGCCUCAAGCGUCCUGGCUCUCCCAAUCUCUCAGAGACCAGUGGCAGUGAGUCCGUGAACCACAAGCGUUUCAAGCCGACUCACGGCGCUGCAUCCCCCAUGGGACGUUUCCCCGGCUCAGGCAGUGACACAGAGACUGAAAAACGUCCCCGUCCUACUAAGACCGUCACCCUGAACCCUAGAUCCACCCCCGGAUCACCCGGCAACGCGACUCCCGUUGGCUCACGCGCCGGCAGUCCCGUACCCAUGCCGACGGCAGAUGAAAUCAGGGCCGCCAUUCCUCCUGCCGGUAUAAGCAUUCCGGAGUUGAUCAAGAGAUUCAGAGAGCAAGUGCCCAAGACCAAGGAAGGAAAUAAGGCUUUCAUCCAAUCCGUCUUGAGUGUAGCUAAGGCUAUGCCUGGCGCUCCUGGUCUUGUUGGUCUC